UUCACCUCAUGAAAUAUUAUGUCAAUUGCACUCAUAAAAAGUCAUUCUUUGUAAUAUGAAUAAGUUGCUUUUGAAUUGAAAUGAAGGUGUACAAAGGCCUUGUUCAAUACUUCUUCUAGCAAGUAUUUUUCAACAGUCGAGUCCAGGUUUGGGGGGGAGGUGGUUUAAGUUAUAACGAUCAGAAAUGCGUGCAAAACUUCACCAAAUUUACUGUAAAUCUGUCUCGUAACUAAUUCUGACAAUAUUCACGGAAAUUUCAUUUUUUUUAACGAAAUAAUUUGAGAAAUAUUAUCAUUUUUAUUUUUUGUGGGGGGGGGAUCUAGCAAAAAAAAUCGACCCGAAAAUCUCAAGAAAAAGAAUUUGGUCCAAUAUUUUUCAGUAUGAGGUGAUUGCCGACAUAACUAAAAAGAUACCCUAGAUUGCCCGAAUAUAUGGUCCUUUCACUCCUUCGUUUCACUUUAGGUAAUUGCAGCUCAAUAUUUCAACACUAUCAACUAGACAAAAUUGAGAUGGAUAUUAGACGAUUUGUUAAACCUAAAGAUUCUGGUGGUGGUGGUGGUGCAAGUACCAGCCGAGAAAGAGAUGAAUCAGUUGAACCCAGCAAGAAACGUCAGAAAACUGACAGUGACGAAGUGUCUGUAGAACCUGAAUCACAGGCACAUACUGGCACAAGCUCAUCACACCACAGUGACCAAAGAACUCCAUCAUCCACAGAUCACUUUGCUGAUACCAAUGAUGCUGCUAAUGGUGACGACGAUGAUGAUUUUUUGGGUAAUGCUGUCAAUGUAAACAGUGAUGCAAAACCGUCUGCAAAACCUACCUUCAGGCAGUAUCCUGCUACUCCAGGUCCAGCUGAUAUUUCGCAGUCACCAGAUGAUGGACCUAUCCAACCUGGACGAACUGAGCACUUCAACUUCCAGAAAAGUAAUGGAAGGAAAUUUAGACCAGAAUGGUACAAUGCAUAUCCCUGGAUGGAAUUUUCCGCCAGUGAGAACAAAGUCUACUGUUAUGUGUGCCGACAUUUUUCUGUUGGAGAAUGUGCUGAGAAAGCUUUUACUACCGAUGGAUUUCACACAUGGAAAAAGUGCACAGGGGAAUCAGCAAAGAACAACAAGUUAGUAAAGCACAAAAGCUCAGAAGAUCAUGUGAACAGUGCAGCCAAAUACAAAGCUUACCUAGAAUCUAAGCAACAAAAGAAAACAGUGAUGGAUCACAUCAGUGAGGCCCACCGUCAACUUGUACAACGCAACAGAGAGUACAUAAAAAUCUUGGCAGAUACUCUGCGAUUGACAGCGGUUCAGAACAUUGCCCAAAGGGGACAUAAUGAACAUGAGGAAGGGCCAGAGAACAACUGUGGCAACUUUCUAGAAAUUUUGAACUUCCUCAAGAAGUAUGACAUACAUGAGAAGUUGAUAGAGGCAGCUGGAAACGCUAAGUAUACACAUCACAGCAUCCAAAAUGCCCUAUUAGAUAUUCUAUGUGACAUUAUCUUAGAUGAGAUUAAAGAGGAAAUUGGACAGUGCAAGUACUUUGCAGUCCUUGUUGAUGAGACAAAAGAUCUGUCCAAACAGGAGCAGAUGAGUUUCGUCAUACGUUAUCUUUAUGAUGAAGAAGUCCAUGAGGAGUUCAUGGGAUUCAGAUGCGCCGACGGCCUCGAUGCUGCGUCACUCUCAGAGAGCAUUUUAGACGAAUUAAAAUCUCUCGGCAUCGACGUCAAUUACCUUGUUGGGCAAGGCUAUGACGGUGCAAAUGUCAUGAGUGGAAAGCUGUCAGGUGUACAAGAAAGGAUCCGUCGUAAGAUUCCACAGGCGUUGUAUGUCCACUGUUUCGCCCAUCGUUUAAAUCUGGUGAUUGUAGAGACAGUCAAGUCCGUAGUACCAGUUGCUGACUUCUUCGCUGUUCUCCAAUCAUCCUACAAUUUUUUGAGUGGCUCACAUGUACAUGAGCAGUGGAUAAGAUGGCAGCAAAAGAUGUUCCCAGAUGAGCAACCUGUGGAGUUUAAAGGGAUGUCUGACACAAGAUGGGCAUCUCAAGUUAGAGCCGUUGGUGCCAUUCGCAAGCGAUUUCACUGCUUUGUUGAGUUCCUCAAACACACAGACACACAUGAUGAUAACCGUGAGCGUGCAUUGAAUGCAAGAGGACUCCUGUCCCAACUGGACCAAACAUUCAUAUACUGCAUGCUCCUCAUGGACGAAGUCCUCAGUUCUGCCAAAUCUGCAUCAGAUACACUGCAGAGUGUCAAUUUGGAUUAUCUACGUGCGGCAGAUCUGAUAGAGUCAUUACUAGAAGACUUGGGUACUUUCAGAUCGGAUACCAAAGCUGAUAGCUACUUCAGUGAAUCACUUACACUAGCAAAGGAAAAUGGACUUAAAUGUAGCAAUAAACGCAGACAAACCAGUGCACCAUCAACAAUGGAUGACUUUGUAGUUCUGUCUAAGCUCGGAAAGCGUGACAAAGUGUCUGAUGCAGCUAGCAUGAAAAUAGCAAUACUUAAUCCUACAGUGGAUGUGUUUUUAGGUGAAUUAAGUAGAAGAUUUAGCAACGAAAAUCUGCAGAUCUUUCGUUCACUUGCAGCUCUGGAUCCUAAGUCUCAUAAGUUUCUGGACUUCGAAACUGUCAAGCCUCUUGCAGUGCACUAUAAACUCAAUCUUGAGGACAUCAAAACUGAAAUGAGACUUGUCAAGAGAAUGAUUGAAAGGUCUGACACCAAACUAGAAACUUUGAUUGAUGUCGCGGAACACCUGAAGCCACUUACUAUGGCCUUUGAAGAACUGUACAAGUUAGUGAAAAUAGCUGCAAUCAUCCCAGUAAGUACAGCUUCUUGUGAAAGAACCUUCAGUAAACUCAAGCUCAUCAAAAAUCAUCUCAGAGCCAACAUGACUAACAGCAGGCUCAAAAGCCUCGCGGUAAUAAGUGUCCACCGAGAAAGAGCUCUUGCUAUCGACCUGGAAGAGGUGGUUGACAGGUUCAUCAUGAGAUACCCAACGACCAGGAUAACGCUCAAGUAG